CCGUCAGUUCUGUGUGUUUAUAAGUGUUCAGUGCGGUCAGCAACGAUUUGCACGACACCGACUUUACCCGCGUGCACUUAUUAUUUUGGACACAAGUAGCACAGAAGCUUCCUGAAGUCCCAGACUUGGCCGGUCUUCGCCCAAGUACCUCGAGUACUCCAAUUGAUUUUUAAAUAUAAAAAUAUUUUAUUUUUCCCACUAGUAUUACGAUCAAGUCUUACAACUCCAACCGGACGACACAGCGUAUGAUACAAGAUGACGACCUCCGUGCAGGGUGUUAAUCCCAUUUUUAUGAUUUCGGCAUUCAACUUGUUCUUCUAUCUACUUACCCCAGCUCUAGUACUAUGGUACAUAUACUUCCGCAUGUCCCGCAAACAGCUGUACGAGCUGGCCAGCAAGAUCGAAGGAUCCGACGGAUUGCCUUUCCUGGGCAACGCUAUCGACUUCAUGCAAGAUCCUCACAACAUUUUCAUAAAAAUGUACGAGAGGAGUUUUGAGUUCAAGAUGAACGCACCGCUCAAAAUGUGGAUUGGACCUAGACUUUUGGUGUUCUUGACCGACCCCAGAGAUGUGGAGGUGAUCCUCAGCAGCAACGUGUACAUAGAUAAAUCGCCAGAAUACCGUCUCUUCGAACCGUGGUUAGGAAAUGGACUUUUGAUCAGCACAGGUGACAAAUGGAGAGCACACAGGAAACUGAUCGCACCCACUUUCCACUUGAACGUUUUGAAGUCUUUCGUCACCCUGUUCAACGUCAAUAGUCGGGAAACCGUUAACAAACUUAAGAAAUUAGGCAAAACCGAAUUCGAUGUACACGACUACAUGAGCGAGUGCACUGUAGAAAUCCUAUUGGAAACCGCCAUGGGAGUAAGCAAAAAAACUCAAAAGCAGAGUGGUUUUGAAUACGCCGCCGCCGUAAUGAAGAUGUGCGACAUCCUGCACAUGCGUCACACGCACUUGUGGUUGAAACCCGACUUCAUUUUCAACUUCACCAAGUACGCCAAACAACAAGUCGGUCUUCUGGACCUUAUUCACAGUCUUACCAACAACGUGUUGGCCAAGAAGAAAGAAGAAUACUUGAAGAAAAAGUCUACGCUCAAAGAGAUCCCAGACAUACCGGCCGCUACCCAGCAACCAGAAGAGAACAAAUCCACCACAGAAGUAGAAGAAGUGCCGUACGGCAACUCUUUCGGGCAAUCGGCCGGGCUCAAAGAUGACUUGGACGUUGAAGAUGACGGCAUCGGCGAGAAGAAAAGGGUGGCUUUCUUGGACCUUUUAAUUGAAUGCGCAGAAAACGGCGUUGUUCUUUCCGACGAGGAAGUCCGCGAACAAGUCGACACCAUCAUGUUCGAGGGUCACGACACGACUGCAGCUGGCAGCAGCUUCUUCUUGUGCUUGAUGGGCGUCCACAAGGACGUACAGGAAAAAGUCGUUGAGGAGUUGUACUCGAUUUUCGGCGAUUCCGACAGAACCGUGACGUUCCAAGACACUCUGCAAAUGAAAUACCUAGAAAGGUGCAUCAUGGAGACUCUCCGCAUGUACCCACCUGUACCGAUCAUCUCACGUCAGCUCAAUGAAAAUGUUAAGCUCGCGUCCAAAGAUAUUGUUUUGCCCGCCGGCGCAUCCAUUAUCAUUGCUACGGUCAAAAUGCACCGCAACCCCGAAGUCUACCCCAACCCGGAUGAGUUCAACCCAGACAACUUCUUGCCCGAGAAGUCUGCCAGCCGUCAUUACUACGCCUACGUACCGUUCAGCGCCGGACCCAGGAGCUGUGUCGGUCGCAAGUACGCCAUGCUGAAGUUGAAAAUUAUUUUGUCCACCAUCCUACGGAACUUCAAAGUUCAUAGCACCAUACCCCAGAAGGACUGGAAGCUCCAGGCCGAUAUCAUAUUGAAGAGGACGGACGGGUUCAAAGUCACAUUGGAACCAAGAAAGUCAUUAGCUAAGACAGCCUAAGUUAAUAUAAUGCUAUACUUAUUUUCUCAACGCGUAUUAUUCUAAUGGAGUGGAUGAUUCGUAUUUAUAAUCGAUUUUUGUCAAUAAUACUAUAAAUUUAACUACCUAACCGUUUUUACUUAGUUUAUAAACUAACCAUCGAUUAAUUAGACACUUAAUUACUUGGACACAUGAAACAAUUUUAUAGCUAGAAUAUUAUACAUUUUUUAUGUAGUGUAAUUUUUUGACACCUGUAAAAUAAUUGAAUUGUAGACUAUUAUAAUUUAAGGAAUUUGGAAAUUAUUAUAGUUAGACACGAAUAAAAGAACAAACAAAAAAACAUUAUUUCAUUAAUA